CCCGGUAGACUUUGUUUGUGGUGGUUGAAUAUUAGUUCCAAUGAAUUAGAUCGAAGGCAACGAUAGGAGUUAAUGAAUGAAACAUUAGCCAUAGGACCGGAGGAGGUACGUCGCCGUCAGCGAGCUCCCCGUUUCUCCAAUGCCAGGAUCUGGUUUCACUCGACUGUGCAUCCAAACAAUGCGCUGUGUGGCUCUACGCGGUUUGUUGCCGUUUUUUAUAUAAGGCGGUUUUUGCUGAAGGAAAAAAAGAAUGGAUCUUAAAACCCGGAAAUCAGGAAUUAGAUGAUAGAGGCUUGAAGGGAUGCUUGUGUCAUGGGCACAGAGCACGAGGCCAACGAGAAUACAAGCGGAGAUGACGAUGCAUCUCAACUGCAAGCUGCCAGUAUUGCAGAUGUGUCUGUGGAGGUGGCCACAGUUGACCACACUCUGCGGAAGAUCUACAGGAAGUUCAGGAAGACGAGACGGAAGCCCAAGGGACUCAAGUGGCUGCAGGCCCGUCUGCUGAGCAUCCCUCACCUGGCUGUCAUCAUCGCAGCGGUGGUGUGUGUGGUGGUGAUUAUCAUGUGGUCCCUGCUGUGGGUCUUCAUAUUUCGCAGGGAGAGCAACAGUGGAGCGUAUUUUGCCGGUGUGUUUCGUGUUGCCAACGUGGAGUUUAUCCCGGAGUACCGCCAGGCAGAAUCCCAUGAGUUUGUGUCCAUGGCAAACAAAAUACAACACGUGGUGAGCAAUGUGUACAAGGUGUCCUCAGUGGCCAGACUCUACAAGCAAGCUGUCAUUUCAGACCUCAGUAACAACAACAAGGGCGGUGUGCUGGUUCACUUCUGGAUGGUGUUUGUGGUCCCUCGAUUAAAGAGCCCAGCAGUGUGUGAGGAGUGUGUGGAAGCCAUUUUCAGAGACUCGGUCCACACCAGCCUGAUGAACAGGUCCUCCGUAGGCUACCUGCUGGGUCUCCCAGUAGAUAUAGACUCCAUCCUCAUCAAUGCUGUUCAGCGAUCAGAUUAUUCAUCAUAUGGAGCAGGCUCACAGUGUGUAGAUAAACUGUAUGCCAACCUUCCCGGGCUGAGCGUCCCUUUAAACGUCUUCUCGUCAUGGGGUGGUGUGAACUGCCAUGUAAAACUCACCGCUGUCCCCGGCUCUAUGAUCCGUCUGACCGUCACCUCCUUCCUCAUUGAGCCCAGCGACUGUGUGAAUGAUGCCCUGACUGUGUACGACGCCCUGCUGCCCAUGAGAGGGCGCAUUCUGCACAGGAUGUGUGAGCCAGUGUCCAACUCAUUCUCCCUGGUGUCUACCUCCAAUGUCAUGCUGCUGUCCUUCAGAAUGACCAACGGCAACAAGAGCUUCAGAGGACACUUUGAGGCCAUUGUUAAAGAAAUGUGUAUGUCUCAAAUUGAGACCCAGUUAGAGCCUGGCAUCACUGGUCAAAUCUACAGCCCCUUCCACCCCAGCCUUCUGCCCCCACAGUGCUUCUGCACCUGGAAGUUCGAGACCCCCAACAGUGCUUUAGGAGUUGCUCUGCAGUUUCAGAACUAUGUAUUGAAACCAAAGGAAGUGAAGGGCUGUGAACAUGGCUGGUGGAAGGUCAAUGAAAUCAUUUUCUGUGGCAGCUACGUGGGACACCACACGGUGUUUCGGAUCGCUGACCGCAGCCCAGAGGUGGAGUUUCGCUGCAGCUCACGUAACUCUGCUCAGCCUUUCCAGGCAUCCUACAGCAGCUACAAUAUCAGCCAGCCCUGUCUGCAGAGUCACUUCCUGUGCUCCACAGGACUGUGUGUGGAAAAGAGUCGCCGCUGUGACGGCCUGGACGACUGCCAGGAUGAGAGUGACGAGGUCUUCUGCUCGAGGCCGACAAAGAACUGCGGUGGUAACAGCCCUCUGCAUCCUUUGUUUGUGUGCAACGGAGAGACGGACUGCACCAAUGGAAUAGAUGAGAUCAACUGCACUCAGGAAACAACCUGCUCCGCAAUCAGGUAUCAAUGCAACAGUGGCUCCUGCAUCUUGAAGAAAAAUGCAAAGUGUGACGGUGUUCUUGACUGUCAGGACCACAGUGAUGAGGCUGACUGUGCCUGUGGUCGUCCCUCCUUGGUGAAGAACAUUGGUUCAUCUACAGGACAAGAGCGUAUCGUAGGUGGAGAUAACUCUGUGGAGGGGGAGUGGCCGUGGCAGGUCAGCCUCCACUUCUCUGGUAACCUGUACUGUGGUGCUUCUGUCCUCUCCUCUGAUUGGCUCAUCUCAGCAGCACACUGCUUCAGCAAGGAAAGGCUGUCUGACCCACGUUACUGGAAUGCCCACCUCGGCAUGCUGACACAGGGCAGUGCCAAACACGUGGGGGAGAUCCAGCGGAUCGUGGUGCACGAGUAUUACAACGCGUACACGUUCGACUAUGACAUUGCCCUGCUGCAGCUGAAGAAGCCCUGGCCUCCCUCCCUCAGCCCGCUGGUCCAGCCUGUGUGCCUGCCACCUUCCUCCCACACUGUCACUGACAGCCAUCGCUGCAUUGUCACCGGGUGGGGAUACCGCUCUGAGGAGGACAAAGUGCUGCCCUCAGUGCUGCAGAAAGCAGAGGUGUCCCUACUGAGCCAGACUGACUGUAAGAAGAGCUACGGACCUGUCUCAUCCCGCAUGCUGUGUGCCGGGGUCCCCUCUGGAGAGCGUGACGCCUGCAGGGGCGAUUCAGGAGGUCCUCUGUCCUGUCAGGGACCGAGCGGGGGUCGCUGGUUCCUGAUUGGCAUCGUCAGCUGGGGGGCGGGCUGUGGCAGACCAAACCUGCCUGGGGUUUACACCAGGGUCAACAAGUUCACCUCCUGGAUCUACAGCCAUAUCAGCUGACAUGAUGAAGCUCUUAUUCAUCCAGUGCCAGCAGAUGUUUAAAUAUUCUGUCGCUCACACCAAAUAAUAAAAGCAUCAUCAGUGUACUGUGUAUUUAUUCAAGAGCAAUGUUUGCCUUUUAUGUGUUAUUCAUGUGACUCAGGUAUACACCCCCAACUAAGCAAACAGGAAGUGCUUUUGAAUGAUUUUAUUCUAAUAAAGUAUCUUAGCUGCAUUCCUCCCUCCAAUUCUUGGACUAUAAACCCAUGUUAUAAUAAUAAUAAUAACUUUAUUUAUAUAGCACCUUUAAAAACAUAGUUUACAAAGUGCUUUGACAGACAAAGCAGCAAAAGCAAGGCAGCAAUAACAAUAACACUGUUACACCCUGUUAUGUCCUGUUGCACCCUCACAGCUGUCAAGUUUGGUGCCAAACUUUCUAUUUGCAGGUUGUCAUUGAGCCCCCAUGGAGCAUCCAAGGGUCCAGCAGCCGAACCCAAUUGUUAUACCUCGCACACGUUUCCAUCAAGCACCCCUUUGUGCCUCCCAGCUUUACUCUCGCAUACACAGCGAGGAAGUUUGCCCACAAUAUCUGCCCCACUGAUGGUUGUGGGGAUGGUAGGCUUAGCCCUUCAUAGUGCUCUCAUUGUCCCCCGCGCUGCAUUCUGGGGCUCCGUGUGACACCUGCCGCCCAGUUCAGGUAAACGGGAGGCGGUGAAUGCCCGCCGCAUCCGAGCCGCUCAGGUCGGAUUUCUGCGCUUUUUUUUUUUUUUUUUUUUCAAAGGAAGCGACAGUGGGGGUUUCCUCUCUCUCUCUCCAUCGUUUCUAUGCCUGAGGUAUUGUUGCAUAUCGCCUCUCCGGAGCUAAACGGGACAGUGCUAUGAGGACUCUCCCCAAAAGAAAAACUUGCGAAGUGUACUGCGUCUCCGGGCAUGGACUAUCAGGCUGCUCCGCUGCACAGGUAAGGCACCAUCAGUGUGCUCUAUUAAUUGCGCGUAAAGGGCAUUUGUGCCAAACAUGACUUUGCUUUCUGCGAGAACUGUUCUAUGUGUAUACAACGACAUUUGUCAGUUUAACUUUUUUUUGGCAAAAGCAAAAUGAUGCACAAUAACCAGAACCCAUCAAACCCAGUCAGCCACGGCUCAUCUUAAUUGCGAAAUCUGUCUCUAGCGGUAUGUGGGUGUCUUUCUCACAUCACCAUGUCCACAUCAGGGUGAGACACUUGAUUGAGUGCUGACACCGCAGAGCCAGGCCGUGGGAAAGCAGACUCGUCUAGCCAC